UCCAGACAACCAACUCAUCACUCUGACAACCCUUCAAGGUUCAAGAAAUGCUCUUUUUCAUCGACCCAACAGAAGGAUAAACAAUGAAAUGAACCCUGGCACGAAAGACAUACAAUCGUAAAAUCUGUCUUGAAUCAUCACCAUUUUAUUACAAUUUAAUCUUUAAAAAAUCAAGACUCAAUCAUGUCCAAGGACGACGCUUGUAAAGUGACGUCCAUCAGCAAACACAAGGAACGCAAGCCUAAGAAGCCUCACUACAUUCCCCGGCCAUGGGGCAAACCAUACAACUACAAAUGCUUCCAGUGCCCGUUCACCUGCAUGGAGAAGUCCCACCUGUACAACCACAUGAAGUACAGCCUGUGCAAGAACUCCCUGUCCCUGCUCAUAGAGUCCGACUGGCCGUAUAAAAAGGGCAACAUCCUGCACCCAGAACAGCUACGACCCCUUCAGCAGGCACAUGGCAAAAAUGGCAUAGAAAUGACACACACUGAGGAACGAAAGUCCUUGGAGGAGGAAGGUGAGGACAGGGAAAGCCAGGGAGCAGAAGAUGAGGAAGAAGGAGGACGAGGAGAGCGAUUAGAGGUCACUGGGUUGAGGAAAGAGAGAGGAGACGCUGCAGAGUGCACUACCAAGAAAAUCAAACAGCCAGAGUCUGAGCUUCUGAUGGCCGACAUGCUCUCCCUGGAAGAUCAGCUUUUAAGAGCGCGCUCAGUAGAAGUAGAAGCCCAGCUGAAACACUACAAGCUAUCCAAGGCAUAUCUGACUGCUCCCAGUCUGCUGUCGGAGCAGUGGCGGCUGUUGGCGUCCAGCCAAACGAAGGCCAAAGGGGAAGGUAGUUCAAUCCCCUGUUACCCUCCUCCGCCAAACCUGAUGGAUUACCAGGAUCCCACUGGACUCAACCUGUCAUUGCUCGGGAUGGGUUACCCGAUCACCCCCAGCCUCUUCUCCUACAUGAACUCCGCUAUUCCCGCUGCCGCCACCGCCGCCCAGACCCACGCUCAGCUCGCCCAGCUUCCCUUCCUGGCGUCGGCCGCUCAGCUGAUGCACCCGGCCUCGAGCACCCACACAGACAGAGCUCUUAUCCCCCCUCGCCUCUACUACCCCUUCCUGUGUGAGCACGCGUUCGGACCGGUCUUGGGUCAAAGCGACGCCAGCAAAGCGCUCAAGACGUCCACAAACAGUCUAGAAGCGAGUCCCUCGUCUGGUUUUCAGCCUAAAGUAAAUCUGUGGAAAGUGCCUGCUCUGCGGCCAGGGACAGCCGCUGUCUCCCCUGCUGGCUGGGUGUCGCCUCAGAGGGACUCCCACGAACACGGGUACAGGUUGGCCGAUAAACUGCAGGCUACAGCCAAGGAGGGCAAAGCAAAUUGGUGCCUCAAAAGGACAGGGGUCCCAAUUGGGAACCAUGAGGCACCUGUGGAGAAGAAGCCGAACAUGGGUGGUUUUGCUUUGGACCUUCUGAAGAAUAUUCAGACUGCAUCAAAUCUGAACAUGACAGCAGACAAACUUCUCUUCCAUGGAAGUUUACAGGAUGCUCAGCUGCCGACCCGGCAUACUGAUCUGUGGUACAGCGAACAUCUCACCAGUCCCAGCAGUGAAACAUCCUCUCAGUCUACCUGUGGGGGUCCCAACAGACAGGACCCGAAUGCUGCUAGAACAAUAGGGGAGGGGGCUUCAGAGUCUGUGGCUGCGCUCCUCAGUGACCUCUCCAAGGCCUUGCAGGAGUACCAGGAGGCUGAGCGCAAGAUCUCCCACCUGGAGAAAGAGGACAUUCCCGCCCAGCGUCACCUCUGGGAACACCUGGGAAAAAUACGCAGCGAGCUUUCCCACAUCCACACGGCUCUGGAGAGGUCUUCUCGCCAGAGCGACGGACCCCUCGACCUGUCGGUGAAGAGGCACCAGACGGAUGUGGUUGGAGAUCGCAGCACAAGAGAGGACGGUAAAGACAACGCCACAGAGACAGAAGAGGAGGAUGAGGAAAUGGAAGAGAAAAAGGAGGAAGAAGAGAAUGAGAGGAAGGCGAUGAAGGCGUCGCUGGAGAGUCGUAAGCAGUCUUUGGACAUGCUGAUCAAGAUGAGUCAGGCGUCGGCAGUGAACUCAGAGGAUCUCUCUCCCGGUGGUCUCGGCAUGAGGCCCAGUUCUGCUGAGGCUUUGUGGCCGAGCAGAACCACCAAGUGUGAGGCGGACUCCAGCGUAUUGCUUUGCCCCGACGGACGAUCAGUGGUGUUCACCGAUAUCCCUUCCUCCGCCAAAACCCCAAAGAGGCCCCUGUCUAUACAGCGACUAGAAGCCCAUCCUCCGAGCCCUUUGACGGCUACUGACAAUUGAACUAUUGAUCCUCUGACUGUAUUAUAAGUGACUCGAAUACAGAUGUUUAAAUGCCAUUUAUUACUGGCAUGCCUUCACAUUUCACUGGCUUUGAAAAGGACUGCCACUUAUCCUCAGUUUAACGUCAAAAAGACCUCAAACAUGUUGCACCUUAUAAGACAAAUCGGGAAUGAAUUUUGAAAAGAAGUCUUACAAAAUGCACUACAUUGAUUGUUACAAUAAGAUUAUCCUAAAAAAUAUUUUGAGGUAAUGUCAGCACUUAACAGUAACUUCCAUGAACUGUUAAGUGCAUGAAAAUCACUCUGAGAGACAAUUCUUUGAAUGAAUGUGUAAAUAUUGUAAUAUAAUAAAUGUAAGUAAAAUGUU